UCAGGAAACAGCUUCCUGGUUGUAAACUGCUUGAGACUGCUGACAGCCAGGCAACUUCAAAAGCAGCCAGGAGCGACUUUCUUGCUAACUUUGGGAAGGAAUUCAAAAAUGCUGAAAGGUGCAGAUGAUUCUGUUAUGGAGCAGGAGGACUCUGCUUCCCGACAUGGAGAAAUGACGAGUUGGGAUAUCAAUGACAUCAAGCUUCCCCAGCAUGUAAGCCAGACAGACUGGUUUCAAGAAUGGCCAGAUUCCUAUGUAAAACAUAUCUAUAGCUCAGAGGAUAAAAAUGCUCAGAGGCACCACAGCAGCUGGGCAAUGAGAAACACCAACAACCACAACUCUCGCAUCUUAAAAAAGUCCUGCCUUGGGGUGGUGGUUUGUGGUAACGACUGCUCGACCUUGGACGGGAGGAAGAUCUACCUAAGACCAGCCAUUUGUGAUAAAGCCAGGCAAAAACAACAGCAGACAUGCUGUCCAAACUGCAAUGGACCGCUGCGACUCCUUUCCUGCCGAGGCCAUGGUGGUUACCCAGUUACCAACUUCUGGAGGCAUGAAGGCCAGUUCAUAUUUUUCCAGUCCAAAGGAGCUCAUGACCACCCACGUCCAGAAACAAAACUAGAAGCAGAAGCAAGAAGAUCAAUCCAAAAAGCAAAGACAGCUUUCUCUCCAUCUUCUCUAAGAUUAAAAAGAAUCCAGGAGAUUGAGUCUCUGACAGGUGCAGUGCCGACACAGGAAGCUUUGCCUUUGGUUCUUUCCAAGCUGGAUGCUCACACAUCACCUGCUAAUUUCACGAGACAUUUAAGCAAAAGCUUCCAGGAGCCAACACUGAGCAGCUGCUCUGGGCAUCUGCCAUACCCAAGGACAGCCAGGGAGGAUGGGGCCUCCGGAGAGGCACCAACCUGGAGCCGAAGCCUGUCCCUCGGGAGGACCCCCAGAGCCGAGAGGCUGUGCAGUGUCCCUGCUGUGCCCUGCACAGCCCCUUCCCCCCAGCAGUGUGCCCACCUCAGCACCCAGCACAUCCUGCCCAUAACAAAGGGUGGCCACAACCCCUUCAGGUCUAACAUGGGCCCUUUAGGAGAUGGAUCCUGUGGGGAAAAAUCCCUGCUGACCUACAGUGGCAGCUGCCUCUCUCUGCCCCCCUACCCCGCGCCUCAGGGCAGCCCCUGCCCUGUGGCGAGCGAGGCCCAACCCCACCGACAGCUCUCGGUGCCUCCAGGGGGAAGCGAAGGAGACAGAGGCGGGGGAGGCCACCAAGUGUGUCUCAACUACUGCAACAACGACAUGUUUUUUAACCUGUACCCACUACGGUGA